UUCAAACUCCUGUGACAUUACUGAGAAGCACAUCUUCACUAGUCUCCUCUGGUCUUACACAAACAUCAACGUUGUAUUCAGUCAAGCAAUCCUCCUCUCUCUUCCUAUUUUCUGGAGACUGCCUCAUGUCAGACACCAUCAGCACUACUGUCCUCCAGCCCUCUCCCCACACCACCCACUGGAGCCAGUACCAGUGGUGAGAGGUGUUGGCUGAUGUUUGUGUAUGGUGUACUGGUAGGAGCAGUAGUGGGAGCUGGGAUAACAGGAUCUCUGGCUCUCUGCUGUCUGAUUCUCAGAAAGAGAAACAUCCAGUCAAAUGAAAAACUUUCAGGUGAAGGAGAUGAAAUGGAGAGGAACCCAGCCUACCAGACCUCUGCCUCCCUCAUUCCCUCCUCCUCCAACCCUUCAUAUGCUGGACUCAACGUGACUGCUAAUGCACACGUCUACGAAGAUGUUUCCGCCCUCUAAAGCCAUUUUGUGCGCAUGCGCGUUUUGUUGCGCAUGCUUGCUGCUCGUUCAGCACUAUUAUUGUGGUUGCAGAGCAGAAGAAUGAGGUCUCAGGUACUGGCGGCAUUACUCCGCGUUCUACUAGUCCGAGGAGCUGGUCCUGAGGAUCCAUCUCCUGAGUGCAGUGACGAAGACGUACGGCUAUUUACCAGUAUUGCGGACAGCAAUGCAAUCUCCGCUGCACUGGACGGUGUGCUGGGAGACGCGCAUGGAGCUCUCGAGAUCUGCGAGAAUGAGCUCUGGAAGAGGUCGUGUUAUGCAACGAGGGAGUUGAGCAAUGGACGAUGGAGAACACUGCAGUUGCCUGCAGGGAACUGGGAUAUCCUGCUCCAGGUAAAUCUGGAGCUUAUGAUAUCCAGAUGACAGAGGAAGACAAGAGACUGUCUUACAUUCCUCAGUGUAUGGGGAGUGAGGAGAGACUGAGAGACUGCACUACUGUAGAUCAUGGUGACAGUUGUGAUGCUCCACUAGUUAUCAGCUGUUGGAACAGCUCGCAAGUCACAACUAUUCCCUCUCUCACUAUUUCGUCUCCAACUCGAUUCACCUCUUCAGUCAGCAAACCAGCAGUCUCCCCUCCAGUCUCCUUGAUGGAGUCAUCAACCACUGCAGUCUCUACCACAGAACUACAGCAGCCCAGCCUGACAACUGGUCCUGCCUCCACUCCAGACACUGACUCUCCAUCCACUGACACUGGUACCACUGACAAUGGUACCACUGCACCACAGGCCCUCGUCUAUCUGGCGGCUGCAGUGGGGACUGUGGUGGCUCUGCUGCUAGUAUCAAUAGCUGGGGUGGUCCUCUACCUCGCCUGCCACAGGAGGGAGAAAGUGAGGCCCCAGAAUGAGCCGUAUGAGGUCCCAGUCACCACAGCCGCGAGGAACCAGACCUUCCAGGAGGUGCCAGAGACAGAGGUUCUCUACGACAGAGCCACCUCACCUCAAUCCAGAGGGAAGACAGCCAGGAGUACCACACUCUCAAUCACUCUCUCUCCCCCAGCAAACCAUCUCCUCCUCUCAGUAGUCACUCAACCGGCAGCUCCACUGGUCCUCCUCCAGUAUAUGCCACCGUGGCCCCUCCAGGCUCGUCUCAGGCCAAUCCAGCCAGGGAUCCCCCCACUCAGAAACCUCCGGUCUACUACCACGUACUGCAGAGCCCCACAGAGAGGGCAGAGGAGGUGAAAUAUCACACUCUAGAGGAGCCAGCGGGCCACGUCCUAGAGCAGCAGGAGAGUGGAGGGGUCAACCCCAGUGGAGGUCCAGCAAUGUACAGUGAGGUGGGGCAGAGACGAGCUGCCACUCUGCAGCCACACCGACAGGCACCCUCCUCCUCCUCCUCCUCAAACCUCACCAUCUCCCUGCCCAGAAACAUCUCGGGAUCAACUACACUGCUGUAGGCCCCACUACACAUAGGACUCAUCUGACAUCUGGCAGAACAGGCAUCAAAUUUCGUGUAUGCAUUUACGUUGGCCGUGUGUACCUGCGCAUUAGCGUGUGUAUGUCGUGCACUAAUGUAGAUGUGUGUGUGUGUGUGUGUGUGUGUGGGUGGCAAUCAAGGGCUGUGUGCUGCAUUUCUCA